AUGUCACGACUACUCUCCUCAGCACUGUUACUGCGGCGCGACCCGCGAAUCCUCAAGCUACCUCCUUAUCUGUCAUUCCUUUGCAUAACCAUCGGCGUCCUUUGGCUCCUGCUCCUGCCACUAGACGACUACUCACGUCGCACCUACAUUUCGGAGAAUGCGCUCCUACCAGGGCAGGUCCAUACGUAUUUUGGAGGGAGUGAACAGAACGUCUUUCGUGCCUACAGCCACGAGCUGGACUCCAUUGCUCACAAGAGCAACUACGAGAUCAAUGACCGACUCGAAGGUAUAUUGAAAGGCGUGGGAAUCAAGGUCGGACGACAAAAGUACACGUACUUCUCCGCAGGGGAAGAAUACUCCGGCGAGAAUGUAUAUGGGAUCCUGCAAGCUCCUCGAGGUGACGCCACCGAGGCCAUUGUUCUUGUUGCUGCUUGGAAAGGCAUCGAGGGCAACUUGAAUCGCAAUGGGGUGGCGCUCGCGUUGACGCUGGUUCGGUACUUCCAGCGCUGGUCGCUUUGGUCCAAAGAUAUUAUCCUGGUGAUACCCCCUGACAGCAGGACCGGCACCCAAGCCUGGGUGGAUGCCUACCACGACGCCCACGACGCCGAUAACAUCGCCGCCCUACCCCUGAAGUCAGGUGCCCUGCAGGGUGCAAUUGCCAUCGAUUACACAUCUGGCCAUCGCUUCGAGGGGAUCCACAUCAUCUACGAUGGCACCAACGGCCAACUGCCGAAUCUUGACGUGAUCAAUUCCAUCGUCAAUAUCGCCGGUGGUCAGAUGGGAACCCAAACGGCGAUACAGGACAUGAAGCACUCCACAAACAGCUACUCGGACCGAUUAUGGACCAUGUUUCGAGGAAUGCUAUACCAGGGAUUGGGGAGCUCAGCAGGCCCCCAUAGCAGCUUCAUCCCCUAUCACGUCGAUUCGGUGACGCUACAGCCCUACGGUGAGGGCUGGCAUGAUGAGAUGACCAUGGGGAGAAUCGUGGAGGGGACCUUCCGGAGCUUGAACAACUUGCUGGAGCAUCUGCACCAAAGCUUCUUCUUCUACUUGCUUAUGCAACGCGAUCGCUUCGUGAGCAUCGGCACUUACCUCCCCAGCGCCAUGCUCUUAUCAGCCAAUUUUACCAUCAUGGCCAUCUUCCUAUGGGUCAAGAGUGGGCAGACAGGACCAUCACCCCGUCCAGCCAAGGAGGCGCCGGCACCAGCUGUGCCUGUGCCUGUGCCGGAGAAGGACAUGGACGAGCUCGAGCCUAAGGUCAACAAUUCCGACGACUCAACGCAAACGGUUGAGCGAGAUCUCCUCCCACCUCUAAGUGUUGUCGCCGUGUGCCUGGCAAUUUCCCUUUUGCCUCUAUUCGUAUUCAACAAACUCCCUGCAGCUAUGCUACUGCCGGCCUUCACCAUGUUCUCGCUCGCCUCUGCCAUUUUGCCCUCCGUUGCCACUCAUCUACUUAACACCCUCCUCACGCCAACGCCCCAACAUUUUCAGCUUACCAAGUCCUUUUCUCUUCUCAUCCUGGGCAUGUCAUUGGCUACGCUUGCCACGCUCAACUUUUCGCUCGCCUUCCUCGUCGGGGUCCUCUCCACACCCCUGACUUUUGUUCGUCCUACCCGCAGCCCUAUGAUUAGGUAUCUUCUCGCCGGUUCACUUAGCGCCUGCGCCCCUUCAGUCGUCAUUUCUGUGGUCGCACGGCUCUGGAACCUGUCCCUCACAGAUUUGUUGCGAGAGGCGAGCUUUGGGUGGAACGUCUCGGGAAUGUACACACCAGUAGUUGUAUGGUGUGUCUGGUGGCCGGCAUGGGUGGUGGGCAUGAUCAAUGUGCUUGGAAGAGCAGAGCAGUAG